CGAAGCGGUGGAGGGUGCAAUGCAAGCAGCAGUGUCAGGAAGUUGCUGCUGGUCAGUUCCUGUGCCCCGGGGGAGCGGAGCAGUCGCUGCUGUUGGAGCGGGGAGGGCCGGGCAGCGCCGCACGAGCUGGAGGCUCUGUCCCCGGGCAGCGGCAGUCGCUAUGCUGUGUGCCCUUGGAAAAAGUAGUACUUCAAGACUUUAUGAACUGCAGUACGUUUAGGAUCUUUUAACUUGUUUAGAAUUCCAGGAAAAAUACUCCACCCCUACUAUUUAUUAACCUUCUGUCUGAAAAGGAAAGAGCACUCUACCAAGCCUACUGCUAAUCCAGUACCACGCACAUUUUUGAGCCAAGACUACCAGUCAUAACAUCAUUUGGGGAUCAAAUAAUGGGUCACUGGCAAAACUUUAAAUAUGUACUCACAAAUGGUCAGUUGGCAAGUUCCUUUCAUGAGCAGAGGCAUCAGCAAAGUGAACCUGAUAAGUCUGAGCUAGGUGUGAAUGAGGAACUCUAGAAGAAAGGCUAUUCAAAUACAGCACCCAGCUGAGCCACCAGUCUGUUUUCUUACAUUCAAUGACUGCAUGUUUUCCUGCUUAGAUAGCGCCUUCUUCCCCACUUCUGCUCUUUUUACCAUAUUCAGCGUGUGGAUCUAGAUUUACAGGCUGAAGAUCAAAUGGAGAAUAAGAUAAAAGAUGCUUAGGUUUGAGAGUACGGCAAAGCAGCUAGCAAAAUAUUCUUCUAGGCCACUAUGGAGACGACUAUGUGCAGCCACUACAAAUAUACCAGUGUUAACUUUGUUCACCAAGAACCCGUGCCCUCUGUGUGAUGAAGCAAAAGAAGUGCUUGAGCCAUAUAAAAACAGGUUUAUUUUGCAGGAAGUGGAUAUCACCCUUCCAGAGAACGCAGUGUGGUAUGAAAGAUAUAAGUAUGACAUACCUGUCUUCCAUUUAAAUGGGCAGUUCCUAAUGAAGCAUCAGGUAGAUGUUAAAAAAUUUGAGAACCAGCUUGUGAAGCUAGAGUUUCAAAAUGGUGAAAACCAAUGAAGGAAAUGCAGCUAUUCUGAGACUGGAUUGAAGGGAUUUUGAACAAAUGGUUUGAAACUGUUGCAUACAUUAUCAAACCACAUUUUCUUUGGAAUGUAAUGUACAUAUUUAACAUUCAAAUUUUAGUUAUUUGAUUUAUAUUCCAUUUUGUAGUAAUGAUGAAGCUCAUCUGACUGAAUAGCAACUCUUCAUCUGCUAUCCUAGAUGGUUUUGUUUUUCAAUGAGAGAAUAAGUGCUAUUCCACAGCAGCAGAUAAAAUGAAAUGCACUUUCAGAUCAUUAAUACACCCUGCACUGACAAUAAAGGAAUGUUUAAGUUA